AUGGGUUUUCCGACGAGAUGCAGCCGGAUUCUUCUCUGUCUUCUGCUUUGCGUCUGCUGUUCGGCAUUUUCUGCGCAAUCACUACACAAUCACAUUCUGCUGGCAGAAAACACUGUCGUGCUUUCGUUUUUGACCGAUGAACCAGCAGCGUCUUGA